AUGGCCGAAGGUUUUUUUUCUGACAUUUGCUUGCUGUCGUACCUAAAAGAGCUGAGGAAGAAUGAGUUCUGGAAAUUUAAGGAGCUCCUCAAGCAAGAACCCAAACAGUCUGACCUCAGGCCAAUCCCGUGGCCAGAGCUGAAGAAGGCUUCCAAAGAUGACGUGGCCAAAUUGCUAUGCAGGCACUACCCAGGCACACAGGCCUGGGAAGUCGCCCUGAGGCUGUUUCUUCAGGUCAGUCGGAGAGACCUCUGGGCCAAGGCCAGAGAUGAGAUCAAAAAUAAGAUCAACCCGUAUAAAAGCAACAUGAGGAAAAAGUUCUCUGACAUAUGGCAGAAUGAGACGUGCCUGGCGGUGCCAGAGAGCUUCUACGCGGAGUCCACCAAGGCUGAAUACGAGAGGCUGAGCCAGGCGUUUGCGGCCGACAAGGCGGGCGAGCACUCGGUCACGGUGGCCCUGGUUGGUGCGGAGGGGACGGGUAAGACCACGCUGCUGAGGAAGGUGAUGCUGCAAUGGGCCGAGGGCAACCUCUGGAAGGGCCGCUUCACCUUUGUCUUCUUCCUCAACUGCUGGGAGAUGAACAACAUCGACAAGACCAGCCUGGUGGAGUUCCUCUCCAGGGACUGGCCCGAGCCUUCCGAGCCCAUCCACGACACCUUCUCCCAGCCCGAGAAGAUCCUGUUCAUCAUAGACGGCUUGGAGGACCUGAAAGUCGACGCGGGCCUGGACGGCGACCUGUGCAGCGACUGGGAGCAGCCGCUGCCGGUCCACGUGGUCCUGCGGAGCCUGCUGCAGAGGACGCUGCUGCCCAAGGCCUCCCUGCUGGUCUCCCUGAGCGGGGAGUGGCUCAGGAAGUUCUGCCACCUGCUGCACCACCCGGUGUACAUCUACCUCCUCGGGUUCUCGGGCCACCUCAAGUGGCUCUAUUUCUCCCGGUUCUUCCAGGACACGGACCAGGCCGCCCAGGCCUUUAGUGUGGUGAGAGGCUACAAGCCACUGUUCUCCCUGUGCCGGUACCCCCUGGUGUGCUGGCUGGUGUGCGAGUGUCUGGAAAAGCAGCUGCAGAGAUGCCAGCCCCUGGGGAUUAACUCCCAAACCAUUACGUGCAUCUACUCCUCCUUCCUCACCAGUGUGUUCCAGCCGGAGCACACGGGCUGGGCGUCGGGUCACUGCCACAGCCGCCUCAAGUGUCUGUGCGCCUUGGCGGCCGAGGGCACGUGGGUGGCCCGCGACGAGCUGCAAUUCAACUUCCAGAAGCUGUUCAGCUGCGUGUUCGAGACGCAGGACCCGGGCUUCGCCACGCAGGUGAUGAGCAUGUUCCCGGACAUCCACGUGUACAUCAGCAGGCCUGACGACCUGAUGACCUACGCCUGCUGCCUCCAGUACGCCCUGAACCUGCAGACUCUCCACCUGAGCUUAGAGAACGUGUUCUCGGAAGACUGCACAGGCCUGUUAAACAACGACCAGAAACUCUCCUACUGGCGGGCCCUGUGCUGCGUGUUCACCAACAGCAGGGACUUCCAGAUGCUGGAUUUGGACAGCUGUGUUCUCAGCGAGGCCUCCCAGGCGAUACUCUGGAAGGCGCUGGCUCAGCCCACUUGCAAACUUCAAAAGUUGGUGUACAACUUUGCUUCCAACGUGGGAGAGAGCGCAGACUUCUUUAAGGCCCUCGUUCACAACCCCCACCUGACCUACCUGAACCUGCACGGCACCAACCUAUCCUCGGAGGAGGUCGCGCAGCUGAGCGAGGCGCUGAGGCACCCUAUGUGCAGCAUCCAACAGCUGAUGCUGGGCAAGUGCGACAUCACCGACGAGGCCUGCGAAGACAUCGCGCUGCUCCUGGUGAGCAGCCGGAAGCUGAAGCUGGUGUCGCUGAUGGAGAACCCAGUGAUGGACAGCGGCGCCCUGCUGCUCAGCGAGGCGCUCAAGCACCCGGACUGUGUGCUGGAGUCGCUGCUACUGACAUACUGCUGCCUCACCUCUGACGCCUGUGACUACAUCGCCCAGGCCCUCGUGCGGAGCACCACUCUGUCCCUUCUUGACCUGGGGUCCAAUUUCCUGGAAGACAGUGGAGUGAAGCUUCUCUGUGAAGCAUUGAGGCAGCCAAGCUGCAACUUACAGCAGCUGUGGUUGGUGGGUUGUUACCUCACUCCUGUUUGCUGUGAGGACCUCUCUACUGUUCUUAUUAGCAACGAAAAACUGAAGACUCUGAAACUAGGGGAAAAUAAAAUACAAGAUGCUGGUGUCAAACAGUUAUGUGGGGCGUUGAAGCAUCCUAACUGUAAACUGGAGAAUCUUGGGCUGGAGCUCUGUGAGCUCACCACUGCCUGCUGCGAGGACCUGGCCUCGGCUCUCACCGUCUGCAAAUCACUGAGGGGCCUGAACCUGGAAUGGAACAGCUUGGACCACGAUGGGAUGGUGGUGCUGUGUGAAGCCUUGGGCCACCAGGACUGUGCACUGCAACUGCUCGGGCUGGACAAAGAUGCAUUUGAGGUGGAAACGCAGCAUCUGCUGAAGGCUGUGGAAGAGAGGAACCCCCAGCUGACCAUUUGCAGUACACCUUGGAACAGAGAUGAGCUGAUGCUGAAAGGUGUGAUCGUCUGA